ACAAAGAAGACCGGAACCCUCGCGAGUCGUUUUGACGUUUUCUGGACGGCGGUAAAAGCUCGGUUCCCGGCCCUCCCGGAAGUUGUUGCACAGUUGUUUCCGGGAAGCGGGACUCCAAAUGGGUCGCAGUCGCAGCCGCUCUCCACGGAGGGAGCGUAGGCGUUCCCGGUCCACAUCCCGGGAGAGAGAACGCAGGCGCCGAGAAAGGUCCAGGUCUCGGGAGAGAGAUCGGAGAAGGAGCCGCUCGCGAUCCCCGCACCGAAGACGCUCCCGAUCUCCAAGACGACAUAGAUCCACAUCUCCUUCCCCUUCUCGACUGAAAGAAAGAAGAGAUGAGGAAAAGAAAGAAACAAAAGAAACAAAGAGCAAAGAACGGCAGAUUACUGAGGAAGACUUAGAGGGCAAAACAGAGGAAGAAAUAGAAAUGAUGAAGUUAAUGGGAUUUGCCUCCUUUGACUCCACAAAAGGUAAGAAGGUGGAUGGCUCUGUAAAUGCCUAUGCCAUAAAUGUCUCUCAGAAGAGGAAGUACAGGCAGUACAUGAAUCGAAAAGGUGGAUUCAACAGACCUUUGGAUUUCAUUGCAUGAGAAUUGAAGUGUUGAAGGAUGAUUUUUUUCCCCUCAUCUUGGUCAGAGAGUGGAUUUUGUAUUUUGUAUUUAACUUGCAUUCAAAAAACAGGAUCUCAGUUCUCCCUUCUUGUAAAGUAAGAAAAUCUUAUUUAUGAUGUAUGCAGUUAACUUACCUUGCCUCAACAGAAGAAAGGUUAAAUAUUACAUUUUUUUCUUUUAGGAAAUAUCAUUUGUGGCAGGCGUCAACCCCAUUUUAUUUGUCCUUAUUCCUGUGGAAGCAGUAUAUGUUUUCUUCUUGAAUGCUCAUUAGGACUUCUUAAAAAACAUGAAAGUAAUUUGGAAGUAAGUUUAUCCAAUAAAGUAGUAUUUCUACCCUUUUAGAUUUGAUAAAUAUUUUUAUUACUAAAGAAUCUCCCUAGACAUUUUCUUUUUUUUUUUUCACACAUAGAUUUAAGUAUCUUGAUUGUUAGUAGUCUAAAAAUGGGAGAAUGAAAAAGCAUAACUAGAUUUUUCUAUCUUCUGUGGUCACCCCCCGCCCCGCAAAAAUACCAUUUAUGGUUCUCUCUGCAAGUAUAAAAGCAUUACAUGCAAAAAAAAAGAUCUCAGAGAAACCAAAAAGUAAAAGAAAAGCAGAAAAUCACCUGUUAUCUACUCCCAGAAAUAAUCAAUUUCAACAUUUUGGUAUAUGUCUUUCCAGGCUUCUUUGGGUUGAUCCCACCUAUGAGAUCAGAAUAUGUAUGCAGUUCUUUCUUUAACCCUUUUUUCUCCCAUGUACUGUGAACAUUUAAAAAGUACUUUUAAAUAUUCUUUGGAAACUUAGCUUUUAGUAGCUACUUGGUUGUAUCAUAAUUUAUUAACUAAUGUUUUAUUGGUAAACAUUGGCUUGCCUCCCAUGACUUGCCAUUAUAAUUAAAACUGUGACUACUAUCUGUCUCCAUUACA